AUGAGUAAGUCAGAGUUCCAAGUUAUCAUCGUGGGCGGAUCAAUCGGGGGCUUGACUCUGGCACAUUGCCUACAACGUGCCGGGAUUGACCAUGUUGUCCUCGAAAAAGCGAGCGAUCCAGCACCCCAGAUUGGAGCAUCGAUUGGCAUUUCCCCAAACGGAGCUCGCGUUCUCGAUCAACUCCAACUGUACGAUCUGGUGGAGGAACAAACUGAGCAGCUAAACACAGCAACUAUCCACUAUCCGGACGGUUACAGCUUCGAAAACAACUUUACCAAGAUAAUAAAUGAGAGGUUCGGUUACCCAAUCGCAUUCUUGGAUCGACAGAAGGUGCUUGAAAUCCUCUAUCAGGGCUACCCAGAUCGUCGCAAAAUUUUCCUGGGGGAAAGAGUGACAAAAGUUGCGAAGUCUGGUGAUAUAGUUAUAGUGAGCACGGCUAAGGGCUCUGUCUACCGAGGCCACCUCGUCGUCGGCGCAGAUGGUGUCCACAGCAAAAUUCGGCAGGAGAUCUGGAACGCCGCUGAGAAGACCACCCCGAGAGUGGCAAUCGAGAGAUCCAGUCUCAAGGCAGAGUUUCGCUGUCUCUUCGGCAUCUCCUCCUCCAUCAAGGCGUUGAUUAUAGGAGAGCAAGUGAAUGCUUUCUUUGAUGGCUUCACCAUCAUUACGAUCCACGGGAAAGAAGGGCGCGUGUACUGGUUCGUCAUACAGAAGUUGGAUAAGGAAUACACUUAUCCAAACUGCCCUCGCUACACGGCAGGCGACAUCGAAACUGCGGCAGAGGAACUUAGAAGUACAGUAUUCUACAAAGGUAUCAAUUUUGCGCAAUUAUGGGAGAACCGGGAAACGGUCUCCAUGACCGUCUUGGAGGAACAUACCUUUGACAUCUGGCACCAUGACCGACUAGUUCUUCUGGGCGACAGUGCGCACAAGAUGACUCCCAAUAUUGGACAAGGCGCCAACAUGGCAAUCGAGGACGCUGCAUCGCUGGCGAAUCUACUUCACCGCUUACGGAAGGGCUUGGAUACUUGGCCUCCCACGGACGGACAGGUGGAGACUCUUUUGAAACAAUAUCGCAGUAUUCGCCAUGGCCGCGUCAACUCAGUCUACAAAAGCUCCCGCGUUCUGGUCCGAUUACAUGCCAGAGAUGACCUACUAAAGACUCUCAUUGGCCGAUACUAUUUGCCAUAUGCAGGUAACUUGCCGGCGUAUAUUGGAUCAAAAUCUAUUGCCGAUGGGGUGAUGUGUGAUUUUCUUCCUCCGCCAAAGCGCAGUGGAGAUGGAUGGGAGAGAUAUCGGACCAAAGACUCAAAUUCGUGGUGGGCGCUUCAAGCUACCUUGUAUGUCCUCGUCUUUGCUAUCCUGUUCACAUAUAUAGACUGGGAAUGGAUUGUCAGCGCCCCGCUAGAAUACCUGCUAUCUAUUCAUGGGAAAGAUAUCCGGGGCAAAUUGAUAUCAGCUUUCAACGAAUGGCUCCAUCUGCCGGAUGAUAAAUUGGCCAUUGUGAAAGAAGUGAUUGAUCGGCUACAUACAGCAUCGCUACUGAUAGAUGAUAUUCAGGACGCGUCUCGUCUCCGCCGGGGAUAUCCCGUGGCUCAUGAUGUCUUCGGCGUCGCCCAAACCAUCAAUGCAGCCAACUACGCAUAUUUCCUACAACAAGAAAGGCUGAACGAAAUCAAUGACCCACGCGCAUUUCAUAUUUUCACUCAAGCGUUGCUGGAUCUACAUAUAGGCCAAGGGAUGGAUCUCUAUUGGCGCGAUGCGCUGGUGUGUCCCACAGAAGCGGAAUACACCCGCAUGGUAAUGUACAAAACCGGCGGAUUGUUUCGACUUGCAGUGGAAUUGAUGCAAAUCCAAAGUACCACGACUACGGACCUUUCCCGACUAGUGGGGCUAUUGGGUACCAUCUUCCAGAUCCGGGAUGAUUAUAUGAACCUACAGAGCGGGAUUUAUGCAGAGAAAAAAGGAUUGAUGGAGGACUUGACAGAGGGAAAGUUCUCCUAUCCUGUAAUUCAUAGCAUCCGUGCGGAUCCAGACAAUACGCACCUCAUCGAUAUUCUCAAACAACGCAGUGAAGACAGAGCAGUCAAAGUCCGUGCUGUGCAGUAUAUGGAGUCAACGGGGAGUUUUCAGUACUGCCGGGAAGUAUUGAGCGAGUUGAUGGAGCAGGCCCGAGGCCAUGUUGCUGAGCUGGAGAUACUCUUGGGUCCCAACCAGGGAAUUCAUCGUAUUCUUGAUUUACUUCAGGUCGACCCACCAAAUGUGAAUCCAAGGCUAUGA